AUGAGUAAUCGGCUUCAUCUCAAAGCUUCAAUUGACAUUGUUUGUUGGUUAACACUUCAAGCUUGUGCUUUAAGGGGUCACGAUGAAAUUAGCAAUUCAAGAAAUCAAGAUGAAGCUCGCGAUGAGUCAAAAAAGGAACAAUUGGCUCUUGUAUUAAGAUUUGUUGAUAAAGUUGGUUUAAUACAAGACAGUUUUUUUGAUGCGGCACAUGUUAAAGACACCACGUCUUUAACUCUUAAGGAAGCAAUAUGUGAUAUACUCUCUCGACAUAACCUUGAUGUGUAUAACAUUCGCGGACAAGGGUAUGAUGUCAAUGUUGUUUGUUCUUCCACUAAGCGCCAUUAUGAGUUACAAGCUUCCCAAUUAGAAGAGAUUGCACAUUUGUUAGAGAUUGGUGAGAUUUUUAAAAAAAAAAUUGCAAAAGAAAGAGGAAAUUAUGCUACACGUGGGGAUGCAUAUAGUUCUUACAAUUACUUGAAAGCAUUUGAUUUUAUAUUUAUUUUGCAUUUGAUGAAAGAACUUAUGGGGAUAACAUAUAUGCUCUGUCAAGCCUUACAAAAACAAAAUCAAGAUGUAGUUAAUGCUAUGGACUUGGUUCGUUCAACAAAAAGUUUUAUUCAAGACUUGAGAGAAAAUGGUUGGGAUAUAUUGUUUAGUACAGUGACAUCUUUUUGUGAAAAGCAUGGUAUUGAGAUUCCCGAUCUUAAUGAUAUUCAUUUAGCAACAAGAUUUGGACGAUCUCGCCGUGAAGAAAAUCAAGUCACAAUUCAACAUUACUCCAAAGUUGAAAUCUUUUUCACUACCAUUGACAAACAGUUACAAGAGUUGAAUAGCAAAUUUAGUGAGCGGGCAAUGGAUUUGUUAACCCUUUCUUGUGCUUUGUCUCCUAAGGAUGAAUAUAAAGCUUUUAACAUUGAUACUAUUUGUUCUCUAGUUGAAAAAUAUUAUCCUAUAGAUUUUAGAGAUCAAGAGAAGAAUAAAACUAGACAAGUUGAAAUUUACUUCUUGAUUGAUAGGCUACUUCGCCUUAUCACGACUCUUCCAAUUUCUACAGCUACAACUGAGAGGUCUUUUUCAGCAAUGAAAAUUAUCAAGACUAAAUUGAGAAACAAGAUGGAUGUUGGGUUUCUAAGAGAUAGCAUGACAGUUUAA